CAAAGCAAAGCAAAAAAUCAAAUCAAAUCGAACAACAAUUCUUGCUGUUCUGCCGGUGGAUAAUUUGAUUAGUCAUUAUUUUUGGUAUUUUAGUUGUAGCGUAACGAGUGCGUACUGUUUUUCGAUUUCUUUCUAGUGUAAAUAACAUUUCCUUCGCUAGCCGAAGGUGACCUGAAAAUGAGCAAAUUCCUUUUGUUGUUCUUGGCGGUGAGCGCCACAUGCGUGGCGGGAUUCUUGCGAGUGCCGCUGUACCGCAUGCAGUCAGUGCGCGGCAAGCUGCACGAGGUGGGCACGGAGCUGCAGUCUGUGCGCAUCAAGUACGCUGCCAAGGGCCCUGCCCCAGAGCCCCUCUCCAACUAUCUGGACGCUCAAUACUACGGUCCGAUCUCCAUCGGCAACCCGCCGCAGACCUUCAAGGUGGUGUUCGACACGGGCUCCUCAAACCUGUGGGUGCCCUCUAAGAAAUGCCACUACACCAACAUAGCUUGCUUGCUGCACAACAAGUAUGACAGCAGCAAGUCGUCCUCGUACCGCAAGAACGGCACCGAGUUCGCGAUCCACUACGGCUCCGGCAGCCUGUCGGGGUUCCUCUCCAGCGAUGACGUCACCGUGGGCGGCAUCACGGUGCGCGGGCAGACAUUCGCGGAGGCGCUGUCGGAGCCCGGGCUGGCCUUCGUGGCCGCCAAGUUCGACGGCAUCCUCGGCAUGGCCUUCAGCAGCAUCUCCGUGGACGGCGUGCCGCCCGUGUUCGACAACAUGGUGGCGCAGGGGCUCGUCAAGCCGGUCUUCUCCUUCUACCUCAACAGAGACCCGUCGGCGCCGCAGGGCGGCGAGAUCAUCCUGGGCGGCUCGGACCCGGCGCACUACCGCGGCAACUUCACGUACGUGCCCGUCUCCAGGCCCACCUACUGGCAGUUCGCCGUGGACAAGGUGGCCGCCAACUCUAACGUCUUCUGCGCCGACGGCUGCCAGGCCAUCGCGGACACGGGCACGUCGCUGGUGGGCGGCCCGAGCGCGGAGAUCGCGGCGCUCAACAAGGCCAUCGGCGCCACCCCCAUCGCCUUCGGCCAGUACGCGGUGGACUGUACCCUCAUCCCCCGCCUGCCGCAGGUCUCCUUCACCAUCGGCGGCAAGGUGUUCACUCUGGACGGCAAGGACUAUGUGCUCAGGGUGUCGCAGUUCGGCAAGACGGUGUGCCUGUCCGGGUUCAUGGGGCUGGACAUCCCGCCGCCCAACGGCCCGCUGUGGAUCCUGGGCGACGUGUUCAUCGGCAAGUACUACACGGAGUUCGACGUGAGCAACCGGCGGCUCGGGUUCGCCACAGCCGCCUAGAGCCAUUGUCAUGUUGAAGAGUCUAGAACGUGAGCGAUUUGCUUGUGAACGUUGUAAUUUUUUGAUGUGA